UUUACAAAAUUUCAAAAGCAUUGAUCCAAACAAAACCCUAGCCGAAGAGGAAAAAGUUAAAAGCGAUUUCAGGAAUUUCUUAAUCAGAUAAAAUCUAGAGAAAAUAAAAUGGAUGAGCGAGGAGUGCACCCAGAUUGUAUCAAUGCAUCGAAUCCAUUUCAUGAAUGUGUUGAAUAUUGCUUUCGGAAGAUUGCUGAAGCCAAGGCGAGAAAGGAUAAAUCAGAGACAGAACCAGAAGAGAACCCUGAUGAUGAUGGUGAUGACGCUGUCGAGGAGAACUUUGAUGUAGACAUUACAAAUCUUAUAGGCAGACAGAAAAAACUAUUCGAGUUGAGGCUAAAGACGAAUGAGGCAAGAAAAGCUAAUCAAACUGCAAUGGUGGCUGAAAAGAAAAGAAUGGAAGCUCCUCCGGAAUCUAGAGGAAUUUCUAAACAAAAAUGGCUGGACGAAAGGAAGAAAAAGAUAGGAAAACUUCUAGAUGCUAAUGGUUUGGAUUUGCAAAAGGCAUAUAUGCUAGAUACCCAAGAAGCAGCUGAGGCAAAAUAUAAGAAAUGGGAAAAGGAUCCUGCCCCAUUUGGUUGGGAUGUCUUCAAUCAGAAGACGUUGUAUAACGCAUACAAAAAGCGGACAAAGAACAUUGAUAUUGACCUGGAAGAAUAUAACAAAAUGAAAGAAACAGAUCCAGAGUUCUAUCGUGAAGCUUCAAGCCUCCAAUAUGGAAAGGCACCUAAGCUUUCAGAAGAUAAGAUUGACAAGGUGGUGAAGGAACUGAAGGACGGGGACGAUAAGCGCAAGUCAUUUAGCCGGAGGAGGAAGCUUCAUGAAGAGAAGGAUAUUGAUUCAAUCAAUGAUCGCAAUGAGCAUUUCAACAAGAAGAUUGAACGAGCGUUUGGAAAAUACACACUGGAAAUAAAAAAUAAUCUCGAACGAGGAACUGCAUUGCCUGAUUAAGGUAUAUUGUUCGUU